CCACGGAUUUGACGAUUGCGAGUUAUGGAUAUGUGGCUGAGAUCUGGUUGGCGAUCGCUAACUCCUUCCAAGUCGAACUCUCAGACACGCUCAUAAAGGAGACUCAAGCCAUAGCGAACCUCAAUGACAGCUGGAUCCCUAGUCCCCUGAGCCGGAUCGCCCUCGAGCAGGAGGACGAAACGCUCUAUGAGGCGUUCAUCUCCGAUCUGGGAGUGGAGAUCGCCCAGGGGGUGUUGUUCUUUUUCCCAGCUUCGGUGAGCUCCCUAUGGCUCCUUCUCCAUCGCCGCUAACCCUGCAACGUAACGGAACGGGGCGCUCUCCUCACCCUCUCCGCCCUCCAGAUCCUGCUCCGCGCCGCCCCUCUAGGGCUAUACAUGUGGCUCGCCUGGUUCCUCCAGCUCUCGGCUGGCGUCGUCCUCUGCCUACUGGGAUUCUUGGGCGUGGGGAACCAGUUCCAGAACCCGGCUCAGGAGGAGACGUUGUUGGUUUAUAAGCUUUUGCAUCUGAGUUGGUUGAGUGCGUCCUGUUUUUUGCCUUGUACUUUUUCCCUUUGGGGGUUUGCGCUUUUGCGCUUUCGCGCUUUGGGAUUGGGGAUUGGUGAGCUGAUGGGAGGACAGGAUACUGAGCGAAUACUGGUUCCUGAGGAUCGCGAAAUGGACGGCGCAGCAUACGGGCCAGACACCACCUCGUUCGCCGAGGGUGGCUGAAGAGGGGCGGGUGCCGAAGGAAAUUCGGGAAAAGGGGGAGCAGGCGGAGUGAGAGUAAUGAACUGGACGACAUCACAUUAUCCUCAGCAUCCUUAUCAUCAUUUAUCAUCAGCAUCUCUCUGCAUGCGAUUUCCCUUCUAUUGAGGGUUGUUACCCCUUUCUACGAUGAGAGCAGUUUGUAGUACCUUU